AUGGCCUCCGCGUCGCCUGUGCCUUCCUCCUACGGUAGCUCGCCAGUUGCCUCGCCGCAAAGGAUAUUCAAGAAGCUUCAGUACCAAAAGCUGUCGAAACAAACCAAGCAAGUGGUCUGCAGCGUGUACGGCCAAAAACCUGGCACAUUUUCCCCUUGCUUUCGCAGGGCUAUAUACUACCUUGACGAGACUUGGGUGAAUGCUGGGCACACCAAGAAAAAGGUGUGGGAGGACGCCACUGUGUCGUCACGUGAGGACGCCUUCUGCAAGGGUCUCACAACUGGGCUUCGCGCACCGAGCGGCAAAGGUGGUCGGCUCAUUGUGCUCCAUGAUGGAAGCGAAAACUGCUUCGUGGAUGGGGCAUCUCUCGUUUUGCGGGUGAAAAAGAGUGUUACCAGUGACUACCACAGUGACAUGGGUGGCCCACGCUUUGAGAGAUGGUUCGAAGAACAACUUUUACCAAACAUUGAGCCACGGAGCGUAAUUGUCAUGGACAAUGCCCCACACCAUAGUGUUCAGCUCGAAAAGUUGCCCUCGACGUCGUCGCGCAAGGCCGAGAUUCAGUCUUGGUUGACUCAAAAAAGCAUCCCGUGGUCUAAUGAACAGUUGAAGCCCGAGCUCAUUCAGCUGGUUAACCAAAACAAGCACCGUUUUUCUGGAUACCGGAUUGAUGCCCUGGCCAAGGUUGCUGGUCAUGACAUUGUUCGGCUUCCUCGACGCUUUUUUCAACGCUAUUGA